AUGUUUUUGCUGCUAUUCGGAGUUGUUAGUGCUGGGGUAUUCCGUCAAAGUCCAGAGCCUUCUGGAUACCCGUCGCUACUGGAAACUACCAUCGAGGAGCUGCAAGCAGGCCUUACCAGCAAGAGGUUCACGAGCACUGAUCUGGUCAAGGCUUAUAUUGCGAGAAUACAUGAAGUCAAUAACGCGCUGCAUGCUGUAACGGAAAUCAAUCCAGAUGCCCUGGCUAUCGCUCGCCGACUGGACAAUGAGCGUUUGGGAGGUUCGACUCGUGGGCCACUCCAUGGACUUCCCAUCUUGAUCAAGAACAAUGUCGCUGAUGCUGACCUUAUUCACCAGCUGGUUCUUGGGGCUCUUGUGGGAGCCAAAGUCCCAAGAGAUGCUACGGUUGCACAAAAGCUUCGCGCUGCGGGGGCUAUUCUGCUGGGAAAGACAAAUCUUAGCCAGUGGGCACACUUCAGAUCUGUCAAUACCAGCAAUGGCUGGUCAGCACACGGAGGGCAGUCAUACGGGCCCUACUUUCCAAAAGAAGAUCCGUGGGGUAGUUCGAGCGGUAGUGGCAUAUCAUCCGCACUCGGUUUAGCUCUUGGCUGCUUGGGCACCGAAACUGAUGGCAGCAUUGUGGAUCCUGCUGAUUUCAAUAACAUCACCAAACUAACAGUUGAAGGUGUCGGGCUCACUUCGCGGCACCUGGUCAUCCCGGUCAGCGAGCAUCAGGACACUGUUGGGCCUUUGACUAGAACAGUUAAAGAUGGUGCUCACAUUCUGCAAGUAAUCGCAGGGAUAGACCCGCUGGACAACUAUACCUCAUCCAUCCCAGAUGGCAAAGUUCCGGACUUUGUUGCAGCUUGUCAAUUGUCUGCAUUGUCGGGCGUCCGGCUUGGUGUUCCGAGCAACGUCUUAUCGAUUCUUUCGGACAACACAACAGAGCCAAUACUCGACUCAUUCUAUGGAACGUUAGACAUUUUGCAAGAAGCAGGUGCCACGGUUGUUGAAGGUACCAACUUUACCUCGGCUGCAGAAUUUGAAAGUUCGCAGCUACCGACAACUAUUCUUGAAGCAGACUUCGUCGUCAACUUGCGGGAGUAUCUAAGCUCUCUAAUAUACAACCCAAACAACAUCACGACGCUCGCCGACUUGCGCACUUUCACCCAGACUUCUCCACUAGAAGAUUAUCCGGAUAGAGAUGCUGGCUUAUGGGACGCCGCGCUCCGAAACUGGAACAACACCUCUCCUCAGUUCUGGCCCGCUUAUCAGCAGAACUUGUUUUACGGCGACGAGGGUGGUCUGCUCGGUGCACUUGAGCGCCAUGACCUCGACGCCGUUAUUCUUCCUACGCAUUUCUCUUCUAGCUUCGCUGCUACUGUUGGCGCCCCGAUAGUGAGUGUCCCCAUGGGUUUCUAUCCAAAUGACUUUCCGGUCUCGAAGAAUUCGUGGGGCUUGGUCGAAGCUGCUCCAAACAUUCCGUUUGGACUGAGUUUUCUCGGGGCGAGAUUCGAUGAUGCAAAACUGAUUGGCAUGGCUUACGCCUAG